UGUGGAGAGGCGGUGCAGCAGCUUCUACUGUUCUAGUCAGAGUAAUAAUAACCUGUAAUAACAACGUGUUUCUGCUCUGAUCUCUUCACAACAUCCUAAAAUGAGCUCCUCUGACAUGAAGAUCAUCACUGUGAUCGGCAGCGGUCUGAUCGGCCGCUCCUGGUCGAUGGUGUUUGUCAGUGGAGGCUACAGUGUGAAGAUCUAUGACAACCAACCAGGACAGGCUGCCAACGCCAUCACAGAGAUCAGGAAGCAGCUGGAGGAGCUGGAGGAAGCCCACAUGCUGAGAGGAGCGCUGAGCGCCACACAGCAGCUCGCCCUGAUCAGCUGUUACGACGACCUGACUCAGGCGCUGGAGGGAGCCUUCUUUGUACAGGAGUGUGUGUUCGAGCAGCUCGAGGUCAAGCAGAGCGUCUUCCAGGACAUCGAGCAUCUGGUGGGGAAAGACGUCAUCUUGAGCAGCUCCACUUCCUGUCUGGUGCCAAGCAACGUCUUCUCUAAAGUACAGAACCGGAGUCGCUGCCUCGUCUCCCAUCCGGUGAACCCACCUUACUACGUCAAACUGGUGGAGCUGGUACCUCACCCAGAGACUGCAGCGGCCGUUAUGGACACCACCCACUCCCUGAUGACCAAGGUCGGCCAGGCGCCCGUCCGUCUGAAGAAAGAGAUCGACGGCUUCGCCCUCAACAGAGUACAGGCGGCCAUCAUCGCAGAGUCCUGGAGGCUGGUCCAGGAUGGCGUUAUCUCUGUCAAGGACAUCGACCUGGUGAUGUCAGAGGGGCUAGGAAUGCGUUACGCCUUCAUAGGUCCCAUGGAAACGAUUCACCUCAAUGCACCUGCAGGUUUGGAGGACUAUAUGAAACGGUAUGGAGAGGGCAUAAGCCGGCUCCUGACCUCCUUCGGGCCCGUACCAGACUUCUCCGGCGGCGAGGGGGCCAAGAUGAUCGCAAAAGAGAUGUACGAGUUGAUUCCCUGCGACCCGCAGCAUCUGUCGGCCAGGAUGGAGAGGAGGGACCAGCUCCUGAUGGCUCUGGCCAAGCUGAAGAAGGAGCACUUAGAUCAACAUGCAGGGCCCAAAGUCGAGAAGAACUUCUGAUUAUGACUAAAAACAAUUGUGAGAAAUGUGGUUGUUUUAGGAUUUAAGCAGACAGACAUCUCAUUCGAUGUUAGUUUAAAUGAUAAGAAUGAUAUCUGGGGAGUCUCUUAAAGGGGCGCUCUUAAAGUGCCUUUUUACCGACAGUAUGUUUUAUCUAUUUGAUCUCAAGACUAACCUCGUGGGAAUUAAAGGACUAAAUUAAAAGCAAUCAUCUCAGGUGUUACAGACCACAUGAUGACGUAAAUGAAUUCUGUGAAAAAUGUGAAAUUAUGAUUUAAAAAACAAUAGAAUCAUACAUUUAUGUAUUUUUUUAUAUUAACUCAAUGUUUGAUCUAAUUCAUAAAGAGAAAUAAAACUAUGAAAUCAAAUGUUCAAUAUGUCUGG